CGUGGGAGAACGUAAGAGAUUUAGCAAUGCAGGUAUUUCAGCACGGUGAAAUAUUACAAUUACAACCUUAUUUGUCUGUUUAAUUUAACAGUCCAAAAUAAUUUAAACUUUUUAUGACUUCACAGGGCGAUCGAGGUCAAAGCACGGCAAAGUUUUGACUUCUCUGCGCUUGUCUUAUUAAUAUCACCGUUACACCUAAUGGAGUCAGGCGAAAACUCCCCUACGCAACUCGAACAGCCAAUUCAACUACCUCAGGCAAAUCAAGAUUCACCUGCAGGAGAAGCCAGUCAGGAUCGUAAACCAAGCCUCAAAGAACGCGUCAAAAUAGCACAAGAAACCGCCAAAACGAACAAAGAAAUCGUGCAUGUUAAAGAUGAUCAAGGAAGAAGCUACAGCGUAGAUAUCAACCUCGAAGCUCAAGAUACUGCCAACUUCCAGAAUGAUAAGCAACUUAUUAUUAAUCCGCCUAAGCAGAGAAAUGAACCGCACAGUCUUUAUAGAGGCGAUAAUGUCGCUCCAAAACGCUUAAAAGCUGUCAGAGACCAUAAUAAAGAAACAGGCGGUCGUAGUAUCAUUCUCUGUCUUGACGGUACUGGUGAUCAGUUCGAUGAUGAUAACUCAAACGUCGUUAGAUUCUUUAGAGCUCUUGCAAAAGAUGAGCCAGAGAAACAGGUAGUUUAUUAUCAAAGCGGCCUGGGUACCUAUUCCACCACCAAACGUGCGAAUCCGGUUGCCAACAAACUUAGUGAUUUAGGUGAUAUGGCUGUUGGUAGUGGAUUAGGACAACACGUCCGUCAAGCAUAUACUUAUCUGAUGGAAAACUACAGAUUUGGUGAUAGAAUUUGUAUGGUAGGUUUCUCUCGUGGUGCGUACACUUGCCGUUGCUUGGCAGGUAUGCUUUACAAAGUUGGACUUCUUCCUAAAGGAAAUAUUGAACAAGUUCAAUUUGCCUAUGAUAUGUACAAAGACAACAGUACACACGGAUUUGAUCAAUCAAAAUUCUUCAAGUCAACAUUCUGUAUCAACGUUGAUAUUCACUGGAUUGGUGUCUGGGAUUCAGUUUCUUCAGUCGGUUUCUACCCCCGUGAAUUGCCGUUUACAAACGAUAACCACCUAGUAAAAACUUUCUGUCAUGCUGUAGCAUUGGAUGAGCACAGAUGCAAGUUUAAAGCUGGUCACUGGUCUCACGAAGAAGAAACUGAAAAGCGUUCCGAUGGAUGGUUCCAUCGUCGUCACAAAGAGAACAAGAUCAACUUCGGCGAACAUAACGUCAAUGAGAUCGAGGAAGAUGACAAGGACAAGGAAGAAGAGGUCGAUCCUUGGGAGAAGGUCGAAAAAUUGAGACAGGGACUCUUCACAAGGAUUGACGAACUCCGCCAACAAACAGCUAAAUCACGUUUUAACACAAAGCGUGUUAACGUGGAUAGUAUUGAUAAAUCUAACCCUGAAAUUCAAUCUCUCUUACAGCAACUCUACAAGUUGCCAGUCAAGCAUGAUUCGUUUGCUGAUGACGAGGAAGAGGAAAUCAAACAUAAGACGAAAGUGAAGGAAGUUUACUUCAUCGGUGCACACGCUGAUGUUGGCGGUGGCUCUGUUCCGAACAACACCAGAAACUCAUUAGCAAGGAUUUCAUUGCGUUGGAUGUUCAGACAGGCAUUCAAGGCUGAGACAGGGAUUAUCUUCCAAACCCACUUACUUGAUUAUCAUGGAUUAGAUAUCGGAACUCUCUAUCCAAUCGUCAAGCCUAGACCAGAGGCUCAUUACAAAGUUCCAGAUGAGUUCCCACAAAUGCCAAACCUUAAGGAUGUUCCAAUUGAGCGUUACGAUCGUUCGAAGUUGUCAGAAGAAGAUGAGGAUGUCCUCGAUAGUCUUUCAUGUAUAAAUGACCAACUCGAGCUGUCAAAGAUCUGGUGGUUACUCGAAUACUAUCCUCAGAUGGAGGUCUACCAAGAUGGCACUGGUAAAUUCAGAAAGCGUUUCACUAUGAACAGAGGAAACUAUAGAGCGAUUCGUGGUUCAAAUGUCAAAUUCCACAGAACCGUUGACAUACGUCAAAAGGCACUAGACUAUCAAAUUAAAGCACGUAUGCAAGAUUCAUCUGAAGCCCGUUGGGUCUACUAAACGUGACAUAAAUAAGACGCAUUCAAUACCUUCUAAAGCUAAUCAAUCACGGAAUUACGUUAAUUUUAUUUUUAAUUAGUUUGCUUGUUAAUACUUUAUACGAUCAUUAA